CUCUCUAUCUUUCUCUCUCUGUCUCCCUCCAUCUCUCUGCUGCUGCUGUCCCCUCCUCCGUUGUUGACUGGCUCCGUUAGGCAGUUGCGACUCGAGCCCCGCCCGACAUCGGCUUCCACGAGGACCCCAGGGCAGCUACGUGUACGCCGGGCACGAUAAGGUAUCCUCAGGCUACAUUGCUACACCACCCUCCUUUACCUACUCACGACGGCGCUUGCGAUACAACAAGUCUCACGUCUGACGGGGUCACUGGAGACGGAACGAACAAUAUGAACCCCCACCCGCCGCACUCGAGCGACCACUGCCAGCGCCCGCCCGGUCACGCGUCCGCUAUGGCAUCACGUCCCACGUCGUUUGACCGGCGCACGCGUCCAGAAGUCGACUCUUGGGUCGAGAUUGCCUCUCAGCCAUCGUCAUCGUCCCUGUCAUCGAUCGGUGACGAUAUAGUCACCACUGGCCUGCGAGUACGAGGCGAUCAAAGAACCAGAAGGCGUCGAGCGCGGCAACCUGGUGCACCCACUCCUUUGAAUGUUGUCAGAACACACAGUCUAGGCGGAACGAGUAGCCAAGAAGAAUACGAAGAGAGUGAAAGUGAAUCGGAUAGAGUCAUGACCUCUUCCAACGAAGGACCCGUGCUAGCUGCCAAUACCUUUCCUUCGCAGAGAGCAGACGGAGCUUCGGCACUACACUCCUCAGCAUCCGAAGAGGAGCGUGGGGGAGGAUCUGAUGACGAUGACGAGAACAGGACGGCCAUCAACUACCCCAUUCACAAUGAGAACUCCUUCACGCCUCUGCCCAACGCCUUCUCUCACCCUCCUACUGGCCAACGGCGGAACUCGACGCAACAAGUGUCGGGAUCGUAUUUUCCAGCUGCGCCAGCACAUCGCCCAUCAGCGAGGCACUUGUUUCCCGCAGCGACAGAAGCACGACGGCUGAGCCAUGUGCCUCAGAAUCCCUUGUCUCCUUCCUUCAAUGCUGCAGUCGAGCACGAUGAAGCCCUGAAAGCCAGUUUGCAGAGUCUGCUGUCUGUAGCAGCUGCUGCUCGUGGUUUGAAAGGCGAGGGCAAACAUCCCACUUCAACAUCUGCGCCAUUGCGAAGCAAUCGAAUAGAUCCAACGACGUUUAGAAUGAUACCACAGUCAGCCCUUGAAAACACACCUUCUCCGCAAGUCCAAGAGCCGACGUUCAAGCCGACAAUAAGACGAACUUCCACGCAAUCCACUGCCACAACCUCUGAUCAAAAGGAGGGCAAGCGGAAAGCGGUCGUCGGGAGAAAUUCAAGUCGUGAACGAAGAUCGCUGAAGAAAGCCAGGCGAUCCGAAUCACGAGAGGAUUUGCAUGUGACGCCUACCUUGCUGACCUGGGUAGUCUCCGCUGGAGUCGUGGUGUUCUUGAGUGCUUUGAGCUUUAGUGCAGGCUACAGUGUAGGAAAAGAAGCGGGACGAAUUGAAGCUUCGAGUUUCGCAGCUGACGAGCAGCUACGUUCUUGCGCUAGGGAGGCAGGGCGCUCGAGUCUUGGUCUCAAGAGGUCUCUGGCUAGAAGUGCGAUUCAGGUCUGAGUUUUAUAUUGUGCGGAAGCUGCAGCGAGUGAUGAAUAAUGGUCUACGAUGCAUUGCAUGAUGGGAAUUGAUUUGAGCACAAAUGGACAAUGGAGAAGAUACCCUUUCGGGAUGACAUUUAGCAGGCGUUCACAGGGAGGAAAACGUGCUCGGUAUACCUCCUACCGUAUACAUCUAGGUGGCGGUUGAGGUCGUUUAUUCAUUGGCAGAACUUUAGUAACACAGAAAUCCAUCUACAUGUACC